CAAAAGAAAAUUCUCUCUCCUUGAUAGUUACUUCCUCGGCCAAUGACAGAAACAAAUAUACAUGGCUCUGAAAUUUUCCUUUGCCGGAAAAGCAUUUCCCGCAACUUUAUUCAAAUGUCUCAAAACCAAUUUUUCUUUGGCUCUUCAUUUACACAACAGUGGCCAUUUCGACGGUGGCUUCGACCGUGAAACGUUUUAUGCAUCUCUCACUGAUAAUUCGGUCGACAAAAGCAACUUAUAUCAAAUCCAUGCACAGUUGCUAGUCUCUCAAUUGCAGUAUAAUGGCUUUCUAAUUGCUAAAUUCGUUAAUUGUAGUUCUAAUUUAGGUGAAAUUAGUUAUGCACGCAAUGUGUUCGAUUGUUUUCCUGACCCAAGUGUGUUUUUGUGGAAUGCGAUUAUUAGAUGUUAUUCGAGGCACAAUUUGUUUGAUGAUGCUAUUGCCAUGUAUCAAAGAAUGCUAAUGACAUGUGUUAGUCCUGAUGGUUUCACUUUCACUCUUGUUCUCAAAGCUUGCAGUGCGCUGUUUGCGUUUGAUAUAGGCCGGCAGGUACACGGGCAGGUUUUUAGGCAUGGGUUUGAAACUGAUGUGUUCGUGCAGAACGGGCUUGUGGCAUUUUAUGCAAAAUGUGGUCGUAUUGGACUGGCUAAUGUCGUUUUUGAUAGGUUAAGCGAUAGAACAGUUGUUUCUUGGACUUCCAUAAUUUCUGGGCAUAUUCAGAAUGGGCAGCCGAUUGAAGCAUUGAAAAUUUUCAAUCAAAUGAGGAAAAUGAAUAUGAAACCUGAUUGGAUUGCUCUUGUCAGUGUUCUUAAGGCAUAUACUGAUGUAGAAGACCUGAAACAUGGCAGAUCAGUUCAUGCUUGUGUUAUUAAAAUGGGCCUUGAAUUUGAGACCGAUUUGCUUAUUUCACUUACUGCCAUGUAUGCCAAAUGUGGGCAAGUUGGGAUUGCUAGGUUGUUUUUUGAUCGGGUAAAAAUCCCAAAUUUGAUCUUGUGGAAUGCAAUGAUUUCUGGUUAUGCAAAGAAUGGGCAUGCUGAUGAAGCUCUGGAGCUCUUUCGUCAAAUGAUAACUAAAAACUUGAGGCCAGAUUCUAUUACUGUGACAUCUGGCAUCUUGGCAUGUGCAGAAAUAGGUUCUCUUGAAUUAGCAAGAUGGAUGAGUGAUUAUAUUAGUAUGACUGAAUUUAGAAAUGAUGCUUUUGUUAACUCUGCCCUUAUUGAUAUGUUUGCAAAAUGCGGUAGUGUUGAUUCGGCACGAAUUGUUUUCAACAGAGCAGUGGAUAAAGAUGUGGUUUUGUGGAGCGCAAUGAUUAUGGGGUAUGCAUUGCAUGGUCAUGGCCAAGAAUCCAUUAAUCUUUUUGAUGCAAUGAGGUGGGCUGGGGUGCAGCCCAAUGAUGUUACCUUCAUUGGGCUCCUUACUGCAUGCAAAAAUUCAGGUCUUGUAGAAGAAGGAUGGCAACUUUUUUGCCAAAUGAAUCAGUAUGGGAUUGAACCACGUCACCAGCAUUAUGCCUGUGUGGUUGAUCUUCUUGGUCGCAGAGGGUAUCUAGAACGAGCUUAUAAGUUUAUCAGGAACAUGCCAAUUGAACCAGGUGUAAGUGUAUGGGGAGCUCUUCUGAGUGCGUGCAAGAUCCAUCGCCAUGUCACCCUUGGAGAGUAUGCUGCUGAGCAGCUAUUCUUAUUAGAUCCAUAUAAUACUGGGCAUUAUGUUCAGCUGUCAAAUCUUUAUGCUUCAGCUCGACUAUGGGAUUUUGUUGCAAAAGUACGGGUGCUAAUGAGGGAGAAAGGAUUGAGUAAGGACAUGGGCCAGAGUGUGAUUGAGAUAAAUGGAAAGCUUCAGGCAUUUCGAUUUGGAGACAAAUCACAUCCAAGGUCCAAUGAGAUUUUUGAGGAGCUUGCGAAUCUAGAGAGAAGGUUAAAGGAAGCAGGUUUUUUCCCUCAUACAGAAUCGGUCUUGCAUGAUUUAAAUGAUGAAGAAAUUGAGGAGACACUUUGUAAUCAUAGUGAGAGGCUCGCAAUUGCUUAUGGCCUUAUCAGCACUCCUCCAGGAACUACACUUAGGAUAACAAAGAACCUUCGGGCAUGUGUGAAUUGUCAUGCAGCAACCAAGCUUAUUUCAAAGCUUGUAAACAGGGUGAUAAUUGUCAGGGAUGCAAAUCGUUUUCAUCAUUUUAAGGAUGGAGUUUGUUCUUGUGGAGAUUAUUGGUAAGGAGGAACAAUCUCCACACUGAAUUGUUUGUAUUAAUGAAGAUAUAAUAGUUAGAAAAGAGUUUUGAUAGCCGAGGGGCUAGCUCAAGCCCUCUGUAUUUUCGAGAAGCAGGAUGAGAUGCCAACUUAUGCCUUAGCGAAAAAGAAGGAAUAAAUGCUUAAGAUGCUUGUGAAACCAGAGUUUUGACAGAUAUUACAUUUAAUGUAGCGAGGUACAACAGCUUCAUUGAUCUCCAAGACAAGCUUCAUCAAAAUAUUUGCAGGCUUUGCCUCCUCAAGGAAUAAAUUUUGUUCCGCUGAAACAGGUCAAAAGCUACAGAGCCGAUGAGCUGAUGGAGUUUUAUCGGGAUCACAAUGCAGCUGUUGUUUUUGCACCUAAUCGAGAAUUCACCAGUGUUCCCUGUCAUAUAUGACAGUAACAGGUUGUCCGAAGCAGCCUCAUGCCUGGAGCUUUGAAAAUAGUAGGACAUAAUAAAGACCACCCAAAGCCAACAAAGGUAUUUAUUUCAGAUACUCGGAUUGAGUUUGUUAUUUCAUGAAAUUGCAUAAUGCUUUUCCACAUAGGCAAACAAAACGUGUCCAUGUAAUUCUUUUCAUACUGUGUAUGCUUAACAUUGAUGAAUUAUGUUUCUGAUGGUCUAGAGUAAUGCUUAGAGCCACCUAUUCUGCAGGAGGAAGGUUGGGAGUGUGAGUUAGACUAGUUGACUGGUCAUAUAUGUGUUUGUGUGCACAUAUGCUUUCUGCAUAUGCGCCCUUAGUGUCAUUCUUUUUAAUGUAAAAUUAAAUGAUAGAUCUGCGAAUUAGGAUAGUGUUCUCCUUUCUUUUCUUUUCUUUUCAUAAUGAUAAUGUGCAUUUGUGGGUACUUUCAUGUUUGAAAUAGGCCCUAGAUAUUUGAAGUGGGUGAUAUAGUAUAACUAGAUGAGAGUAAAGAAGUUGGUGCUGCAAAUCGUCGUCUACUCUCAUCUGUAGAUAUUAAGUGGAUAAUAAACUGUAUAGCUACAGUUUGGCUGGUUCAUAUGGAAAUAUCUCCUUGGACGUAAUUAUUUCUCAUAUAAUUUUAUAUAUACAAUGAAAGAAUUGCAAUUGGAGGUUUAAACUUAA